GAAACUUUGCUGACUUUAGUGCAUAGCGCAUGUGAACCAAUUGUUCAUUGACAAAGGGAGGGAGGACCUUGUGUCCCAGUGGCUGUCAGUAUGACCCUGCUCGGUCAGGUUCUCUUAUCUUCUUCUAGGUUUACAAGUUGUAGUGCAAGUAUCGUCAAGCUUUUACCUCGUGACGCUGACACAGGCAAUAGUUUUGUUAUGACAGGUUCGUAUUCCAAGGGGUAUGGAUGUCAGUUUGCGAGUGUUCUUGUACGCGCGAAAACAAUGUCAUGCAUACACAAAGGUCAAGCAAUCUGGCCCAGUAACGCCAUCACAAGUUGGGCGUACCAGACCCCAGCGAUUUGUGUGCGACCAAUACGGCUAUGUUGUUAUGAAAUGACAUUGAAUUAUCAUUAUGAUGAGAUCUGUAACACGGCCAUGGUCAUCAAUUGUUAAGCGUGUGCAUGACUUGACGCAGUGAAGGAGGACUCGAGAGUAAAGUACCGCAAAGGGUUGCAAUCUUGGCAUCACCAACACAGUCGUCACAUUCUUGGGAAU